AUGUUAAGGGAGUUGUUUCAACGAAACUAUUUAAAUUUAUAUUCAUGUUAUAGUAAAAAAGAAACGGUCCUUUCAGCUUGCCCCCAGCAUGAGCGGCUAGUGGUUCAUCCACAUACCUUAUAUGUUCAUUCAUAUAAAGCACCGACAUUCUGUGAUUUCUGUGGUGAAUUACUGUUCGGACUCGUUAAACAAGGUCUUAAAUGUCAUGGAUGCGGUCUUAAUUAUCAUAAACGAUGUGCGUCCAAGAUUCCGAAUAACUGUAACGGAUCACGACAAAGAAGGCCUAGUGCGAUUACGUUAUCACCUUCCAGCUCUAAUGUGUUGCUCGUUGGUGACAGACGGCAGUCACGACGAGAUUCUUGCCUCGAGGCUCUGGAUGCUGCUCGGCCAUCUUCGACUCUUGGAAGUGUUCAUCUAACUCCGGACAUCUACAUCACUGCAGAUACGGAUUACGAUGACUCGGUCGGGGGCAAUGUCUUACAAAUGCCAAGAAAAGAUCGUAGUUGUUCAUGGAGCGGUCGGCCGUUGUGGAUGGAAGUCGCCGAAGCGACCAGAGUCAAAGUACCACACACAUUCCAAGUGCACAGCUAUAAACGACCAACCGUAUGCCAGUACUGUAAGAAACUUCUUAAAGGAAUUAUAAGACAAGGUAUACAGUGUAGAGGUUCGUUAUAUCAAUGCGUUUUUAUUCAUUCUAUCAACAUCUAA